AUGGCUUACAUUGCUGACAUCUAUCUGUUCAUUCAUGCUGCUCCCUCCUCUCGGCACAAACGUUCGGCCACCGGUGCCCAGCGCCCCCACUACCGCAAGAAGAGAAAAUUCGAGCUUGGUCGUCAAGCCGCAAGCACCAAGCUUGGUCCUAAGCGGGUCCACACAGUCCGAGUGCGAGGUGGUAACUUGAAGUAUCGCGCACUACGCCUGGAGUCUGGUAACUUUGCGUGGGGAAGCGAGCACGUUACACGAAAGACAAGACUUAUCGGUGUCGUCUACAAUGCAUCGAACAAUGAGCUUGUCCGUACAAACACACUUGUCAAGAGCGCUAUCAUCCAGGUCGAUGCGACGCCUUUCCGGCAGUGGUAUGAGAACCACUAUGCACAACCCGUGACCAAGCGUGGCUCCAAGAAGGAGGGCACUGAGACAGCCGAGGAGAAAAAACUGUCUAACCACACGCAGCGCAAAUUCGAGGAAAGGAAGAAGGACGCCAAAAUCGACCCUCUCCUAGAGUCCCAGUUCGCCGCAGGUCGUUUGUAUGCUGCCAUCAGCAGCCGACCAGGCCAGUCCGGUCGUGCAGACGGGUACAUUCUUGAGGGCAGAGAACUGGAGUUUUACCUGAGGAAGAUCAGGACGGGCAAACAGAAGCAUGCAUAG